AUGAGGAAAAAGCACUUCGCAGCUUAUGUUUAUGCAUAUUUGGACUUGAAGUGGAACAACUAUGAAAAGUGCAAGCUGUUGACACUUCGAAUUUAUGAAUUUAACGAUUGUAAAGAAAUUUAUAUGACGCACGUGAAAAUUUCUGAAGAUAUGAGAAGAAUGAAGAAAUUAACGAAAGAGACAGAAAAUGAUGGUGGAGAGUAA